UGUUAUUCCUCGUUUUGAGACGAAAUAAUUAGUACAAUGUGGCCUUGUAUGAAGUUGAGACAUCUUGAAGAACUUUUACAACAAAUUGAUGGUUUUGAUAAUCCUAAACUACUCUUGGAGCAGUAUGUUACCCCUUCGCACUUAGCUUCACAUAUGCUACAUACGAUUCAGGCACAUUAUGGUGAUAUAGAUAGUAAACUUAUUGCAGACUUAGGGAGCGGUUGCGGUGGUCUGACAUUAGGAACUGCUGCUUUGAAUGCAGGUUUGGUGAUUGGUUUCGAAAUUGAUGCAAAUGCAAUUCAAAUAUGUCAAAAUAAUAUUAAUGACCAAGAAUUUUCAAAUAUUGACAUCGUUCAAUGUGAUAUAACGAGCAAUUCAUUUGUGUCACGUUGGUUUAAAAUGUUUGACACUGUUAUUAUGAACCCACCGUUCGGAACAAAACAUAAUGCCGGAAUCGAUAUGGAUUUCCUUAAAAAGGGGUUUGCUCUUUCUAACAAUGUGAUUUACUCCCUACAUAAAAGUUCGACAAGGGCACAUGUGUUAAAGUUUGCAAAAGCAAACGAUGUUAAGGCAGAGGUGUUGGCUCAGUUAAGGUAUGAUUUGCCAACCACAUACAAAUUCCACAAAAAAGAUUCGGUUGACAUAGAAGUUGAUUUUUUUAGAUUUCAAGUAUCGAAAAAUCCAUGAUUUUUUUAUUUUAAAUUGUAUAAAAAUCAACGAACACAAUUUGUUGUAAUAAAUAUAAUUAUUCAAAUUUGAUUCCUUGCGCCAGCGGUAAAUUCUUGGAAUGGUUUAUGGUUAUUGUAGAGCGUCUCAUAUAUUGUUUCCAUGCGUCACUUCCAGAUUCCCGUCCGCCUCCGGUGUGUUUUUCACCUCCAAAUGCACCACCGAUUUCAGCUCCUGAUGUUGGAAUAUUUACAUUGACUACACCACAAUCUGAACCCUUAGGUCCUAUCCACU